AUGACAUCAUCAGCUCUUCACAGACGUCUCAUUAGCGUCGAGAGGCGCGUGCACCUGCGCCAGUCCCGCAGCACCCGCGGCUCUCCUGCAGGGGGCGCUAUACCUAUGCUGUGUGUAACCUGUCCCUGUGCUGUAUGUAACCUGACCCUAGAAAACAACCUCCUCUGUGCUACAGCCGCAGACUCCAUCCUCCUCUGUGCUACAGCCGCAGACUCCAUCCUCCUCUGUGCUACAGCCGCAGACUCCAUCCUCCUCUGUGCUACAGCCGCAGACUCCAUCCUCCUCUGUGCUACAGCCGCAGACUCUAUCCUCCUCUGA